GGCAGCAAAGGAGACAAAGGAGAAUCAGGGCCUCCAGGACCAGUCGGCACUCAGGGGCCAGAGGGGCAGCCGGGAGUACCAGGUGUGGACGGUGAGUCCGGUCCUCCAGGACAGCAGGGCAUGUACGGACAGAAGGGAGACGAGGGCCUCAGAGGAUUCAAGGGCUCCAGGGGCCCCAUUGGGCUACAGGGGAUGCCCGGUCCUCCAGGAGAGAAAGGAGAGAGCGGGAACUCUGGUCUACUGGGUCCUCCUGGUCAGUUUGGGCCUAGAGGAGCUCAGGGACCCUCAGGUGGACAGGGUCCUCCUGGCCGUCCUGGAGUACGCGGUCAGCCUGGUGGAGUUGGUGAGAAGGUAAAUCAUCCAGAUGUUCCUGCUGGUGAUCACCUGAUCUGA